CGGGACCAAAGAGAGAUUUUCGUCCCAGUUCCCCCCAUUAAACGGCGACGGACCGAGCCUCGACAGUUGUCGGACUUGACCGUUAGAGGGACUAAAUUGUAAUUGACUUAUCCAAUCAUGGUGGUUGGCCAACUGCUCUUAUUAAAUAAAAGCCUGAAAGUUAGAUAGACAAUGAUUAUAUGUAAACAGAUCCAAAUCUUCUAAAACUGAAAGGCAGAUUUGGAACUCCGGAAAACUUAAAAAUGGCUACUUUAAACGUUCCUCCGGCGCUUACUUCACCUAGAGAUGAUGCCAUUCAACUCUACCGAGCUUUCAAGGGAUUUGGAUGCGACACUUCUGCAGUGAUUAAUAUAUUGGCUCAUCGAGAUUCAACACAACGUAUGCUCAUUCAACAGGAGUACAAGACUAUGUACUCUGGGGACCUUCUUAAGCGUUUGUCUUCAGAGCUUAGUGGCAAAUUGGAGACAGCAGUUCUGCUUUGGAUGCAUGAUCCACCUGGGCGUGAUGCAAUAAUCGUGAAGCAGGGAUUAAGUUCGGACACAUUAAAUCUUGAAGCUGCCACUGAAGUAAUUUGUUCGCGCACCCCAUCUCAGAUACAGACAUUUAAACAACAUUACCAUGCAAAAUUUGGGGUGCACCUUGAGCAUGAUAUUGAAUCACAUGCCUCUGGGGAUCAUAAACAGCUCUUGCUUGCAUAUGUGAGUGUACCUCGCUAUGAAGGCCGGGAAUUUGAUAAUCAGAUGGCUCAGAAUGAUGCAAAGGCUCUUUAUAAAGCAGGAGAGAAGAAAUUGGGAACUGAUGAAAAGACUUUCAUCCGCAUAUUUAGUGAACGAAGUGCUGCACAUUUGGCUGCUGUAAAUUCUGCUUAUCAUAACAUGUAUGGUAACUCUCUGAAAAAGGCUGUAAAGGGUGAAACCUCGGGACAUUUCAAACAUGCUCUAUUGACAAUUUUGCAAUGCUCAGAGAAUCCUGCAAAGUACUUUGCAAAGGUGCUGCGCAAGGCAAUGAAAGGUCUAGGUACUGAUGACACCACAUUGAUAACGGUGGUUGUGACAAGAACUGAGAUUGAUAUGCAAUAUAUAAAAGCUGAAUACCUGAAGAAGUACAAAAAGACAUUGAAUGAUGCAGUUCAUUCAGAAACAUCAGGCCAUUAUCGAGCUUUCCUUCUUGCCCUUUUGGGCCCCAAUCAAUAGCUGAAACAUGAGAGUUGUGUGUCUAAAUAUUAUUAAGUUUGGGGUUAGUAGUUUUCUCAAGAUUGCUGUAGACAUUAUGGUCCUAAUGUAUUUGUAUGGUUGUGAUAUAAAUUUAUUUUUCAUUGAAGUGCAGAAGAGGACGUGGGUUUCAAUAGUAUGGAUUUUUUUGUCUAAAUCUGAUUCAUCAUUGACUCAAAACACACGAUGUAUAGUGAAUCUACCUAUUAAAUAUAUGAAUCUAUGUAUUUGUAUUUUGGGUC